UGCCAUGAUGUUCUUUCUCGUCUUUUAGCUGUUCCUUCUACAUUUAUCAAAUGCUCAACCGUACAAGUGUAGGUAAACAACUACAUUACAUAAUUGGAGUAUGCAAAGGCAAUAGAGUCUGUUAGGUACAAUGGCGAAGGUACUUUCCUUGGUAACGCACUUCAGAACGUUUAAACCGAUCAACUCACGGAAGAUCGAGGACUUCGCCCUGCAGUAAAAGGUACGUCAUCUUGGCAAUGAUGAAGUGUGGAUCGUCUGGUCUGAGCAUUUCAGAGAUUUUCGUCAUGGGAUUGUGAACGCGGAAUUUGGAGAUGUAGUGAUCAUCAUUUAUCCACUUAAGAACCAUCUUUUUAGAAUCCAGAUUUUAAAGAAAGGAAACAUUCCCUUCUUUGGACCAUUGUUCGACGGAGCCAUCGUGAAUCGUCGUAUACUGCCGUCAUUGAUUAGAAUGACUGCUGUGAAUGCUAGUCGUGCAAAGCGAUCCCUUAUUCCUGGCAUGCAAACCUACUAUGAAGAACGAGCAAGUUGUAUCACUAAUGUAGUGAACCAUCACAAGGAAACUACGGUUUUUGAAGACUUUGCCGAACAGAUCUUCUGCCCUGUUCAAAAAAAGACCGACGAUAGUAACAUAAAGUGUCAGGUAUCGUCUGGAGACAAACCAACUGCUAAACGCGAAGGCUACAGUACGUUGCCUUCGGCAAAAGCUAUCGCAAAAUCCAAAGUUGCAGACAAAGAAGCGAUAUCUUCGACGGUAUCAUUACCUGAUGGACUUCACAAAGUUGUACAGACGGACGCACUUCUUCCUGCUCCAAAAUUGGGCGUCAAAAAAUUGUCGUUUAGACGCAAACAAACCAAGGAUGAAAAUGGGGAGUAGUAGGGUAUAUUGCAGGGUAUAUGUAGAUAUAAUGUAUAGUUUGAAGUUCCAGUUCUAAGCUUUGUUUGUCUCCUCCUAAUGGUGGAAUUACAAUGUAAAUGUAUGUACAUGUUAUCGCAAAGGGACGAUUUUCUUUCAAUAUUGUAAUUAUAAUCGAUUUGUAAGGAGUGUAGCUAAUACUAGUUUUCUCAUGCAGGAGUAUUUAAUGAUACCAUUUGUGUAUGUCAAAAUAAAUCAAAACAGCUCUUA